AUGGGAGGCCCGUCCAACUCGGCCGCAGGGCCCUCGUCCUCCUCCACAGCCAACACCAAGAAGCCUCCCACCGUUCCCCUCUCCGCCGAGCUCAUCUCCUCCUUUCGCCCCUCCAAAAUCUUCAAGACGGCCGAGUACAUUCAACCCUCUCACUCCUUCACCUCCCUCGAUUUUGACGAUCGAGGAGAGAUGUGUGUCUCCUCUGCCUCCGACGAGCGCAUCCAACUCUGGAACAUCCGCUCGGGUAGACACGCAAAGGUCCUCAAUUCGAAGAAGUAUGGUGUGAAUUUGGCCCGCUUCACUCAUAGCAGCUCUACAGUCCUCUAUGCAAGUACAAAGACGGACGAUACAAUUCGGUACCAUUCCUUGCACGAUAAUCGAUACCUGCAGUACUUUAGAGGACACAAGAGUAGGGUGUGCGCAAUUCAGAUGAACCCGGUCAAUGAUACUUUUCUGAGCGCAGCAGUGGGAGACACGAUUAGGCUCUGGGACCUGAGGAAAGCAGACGCCAUUGCCCAAAUGCCUGUACAGGGUCAUCCGACGGUGGCUUAUGAUCCGAGUGGAGAAGUCUUUGCGCUGGGGCUGAGCGAGAGGAUGGCGGUGCUCCUGUAUGCCAGGAAAGAGUUCACCACCGCCCCGUUCCUGGUGCUCGAAAUCGAAGACGACGCCUAUCUCUCUCGCAUCUCUAUGCCCCCUCGUCCAGCAAACAUCACCUCCCUCGUCUUUUCCCCCGCAGCCGAAUCCGGUCAUCUCCUCGUAGGUACCGCUGGCGAUCAACACUACAUCCUUGACACCUGGUCAAAUGCCUACAAAUGGCGACUGGUCGGACAUCAAGGUCUCGAAGGCGUAAGCGUCAGCAGCGGAGCGCAAUCCGGGGAGGGGUCAGCAGGAGGGGAGUCACCCUCCGAGGCCACUUCAGGAGAGGAGCUCUGCUGGAGUCCCGAUGGAAACUUUGUCCUGGCAGGCACGGCCAAUGGGGAAAUCUGCGUGUGGAAGAUUCCGAGCAAGGAGCAGGCGCCCGAGCCCGGAGCGGAGAUUUCGCUGGAACCUAUUGCGAGACUCAAGGGUCAUUCGGGACCUGUGAGGACAUUGGCUUUUAGCCCCAGAUCGGCUGUCCUUGCGAGCGGAGGAAGCGCAGCGAGCUUCUGGCUACCACCUGCUCCCUCCAAGGACGAAUAG